AUGCCCACCAUCAGAGUAGAGACGAAUGUGAAGGUUGCUGACGAGAAAGAUUUUGUUCUGGGAUUUUCGAAGGUAAGGAUUUGGAAACAUUCAAAUGAAACUGCAACCCCUUCAUUGACACUUGAUGUGAAGCUCGCCUCUGAGACGCUGAAAACGCCCGAAGCACUGUUUGGCGUCAUCUUGCAACAAAAUCAGACUUUCUGUUUCGCUGGUUCUCUCGAACCGUGCUUCAGUUGUUCAUUGACCGGUAUCACGGUCGGUAACCCAGGAGUCAACCAAGCAGUUGUACGAGAGUUUACGAAGUACUUGGAGAAGAAGUUGGGGGUGUCUAACGACAGAGGAUACGUUUUCUUACAAAAUCCAGGAGCGAACAAUGUCGGUUUUAAGGGCGAGACGUGUGAUAUCGUUUUUGCAAAGUGA